AUGGCAAUCAAACAUUAUUAAAAUGAUGAACCUCUUUAUAUGUUAAAGGGAUUCAAAAUACCAUUACUUAAUACAUAUUUUUAAGAACCUUAUCUAUCUCCAUAAAAUGUGAAGUAAUAAUUAAGUUCCAGGAGUAAUAAUUAACAAUAAUUUGAAUCUCCAACAAUCAAAGCUAUCACAACAAAUAGAGAAUUUUUUCGUUUUGAACCUUUUAAAGUUGAAAAUACAUAGAAGAACAAAUUAAUAGAAGAAAGAUCACUUUCUCCAAUUAGACCUAAAUUUCUUGAAGAAAAUAAAUUAAAAGGAUUAUUAAAUAUAGUUUCAGAUAGAAAUAAAUUGAUUCAUCAAAAAUAAUAUGACUUUCCUAUUGGUGGAUCAGCUAGUAAUACAAAAAAAAUAAAGUUUAACUUUAAGAAAAUAAAUAUUAAAAUACCUUAAAAAAUACAAACUUUUAGGGAAGAUCUAGAAGGUAAUAAGAAGUUCUUAAUAAAUACUCUUCGAAAAAAUUCAGUUAUACAUAAUUAAGUAGACAUAUAAAGACCUUUAAGAUCCAAAUCAGAUAUCGAAAGAGUAAGAUCAAAAUCAAAUUUAAAGUAAGUUAGUUGUAACAAAGAUUAAUUAAUAGAUGAAUAAUAAAAAAAGAAAACUGUUAGAUUCAAUGAAUUGGUGGAGAUAAAAAUUUUUGAUAGAAUAAAAUCUCAUUUAAUCAAAUAAAUAGUGUGA